CAGCUCUGAGCCGCUCACACACAUGAACAUGGCGGCUCCCGACGCUCCGUCCCGCUGAGCGACCCGGCGCCGAUUCUCCUCCGAUUCUCCGCCGACUGCAGCCGCGCACCGCGAGGGCGCUCGGUGUCGCAACUCCCAGAGAGAUGACACAUUAAUGUCCCAAAGUGGAUCUUUAACCAGGAUCAUUUCCAUGUGAGUGCGACCGCCUGGCCAACCUGCUCCCCGGCCGGCAUGAAGCGUUCGGCCGGCUCUGGCUCGGUUAUGGACUGGUUUCCUCCCCGAGGAGGUGCUGAUAACUGCUGAAGAUGAGUAGUGGUGGAGGGGACACCCCCGAGCCCCCGAGAGGGGAGUCUCUGAAGAGGAAGGACUGCCAGGCCGACCUCCUGGGGCCCAGCCCCAAAAGGAGCACCGAGAGGCGGAACAGAGAGCAGGAGAACAAAUACAUCGAGGAGCUGGCGGAGCUCAUCUUUGCCAACAUCAACGACAUGGACGACCUCAACGUCAAGCCCGACAAAUGCGCCAUCCUCAAGGAGACGGUGAAGCAGAUCCGGCAGAUCAAGGAGCAGGAAAAGGCUCCCGUGGCCGAUGCAGAGGAGGUGCAGAAGGCCGAUGUCUCUUCAACAGGGCAGGGUGUCAUUGAUAAAGAUGCUCUUGGGCCCAUGAUGUUAGAGGCCCUGGACGGCUUCUUCUUUGUCGUCAACAUGGAGGGCAACAUCGUGUUCGUGUCGGAGAACGUCAGCCAGUAUUUGCGCUACCAGCAGGAGGAACUCAUGAACACCAGCGUCUACAGCGUGCUGCACGUCGGCGAUCACGCCGAGUUCAUCAAGAACCUCCUGCCAAAGACCCUGGUCAAUCGCCGCGGCAACGAUUCGUCCAACAGAAACAGCCACACCUUCAACUGCCGCAUGCUGGUGAACCCUCACGCCGACGGUGAGGCCCAGCCGGCCUCGGACCCGCAGGAUUCAGCGCAGCAGAAGUACGAGACCAUGCAGUGUUUUGCUGUCUCUGAACCCAAGUCCAUCAAGGAAGAGGGGGAAGAUUUCCAGUCCUGUCUUAUUUGUGUGGCCAGAAGAGUUCCAGUCAAAGAAAGGCCUGCGAUGCCAGUGUACGAAAGCUUUACCACGCGCCAGGACCUUCAAGGUAAGAUCACAUCGCUGGACACCAGUUUGCUGCGGGCCUCUAUGAAGCCUGGCUGGGAGGACCUGGUUCGACGCUGCAUCCAGAGGUUUCACCUGCAGAACGAUGGCGAAGUGUCAUUUGCCAAGAAACACCAGCAGGAAGUGCUAAGGAAUGGCCAUGCCCUCAGCCCUCUUUACCGAUUUUCCCUGGCAGACGGCACCAUCGUCUCAGCUCACACGAAGAGCAAACUUGUCCGAGCUCCUACCACGAACGAACCACAGCUCUACAUGUCGCUGCACAUCCUGCAGAGGGAAAACGUUGGGACUGCAGAGAUGCCCGGUAGCCAGGCCAUUGGCAAGCCAGUGAGCUCAACUGGUGUGAACUGGCCCUCCCCUUCCCCCGAUGCCAGCGUCACCAGCAACACCCUCCACUCCACAUCAGCCUCCAGCACCGCUGGGCGUGGGUUUGGGGGGGAACCGGGACGCGCCGCCACGCCUCAGGGAAACUGCCACGCGCUCAAGCUGGGCAGUCCUUCAGCCCAGGGAAGCCCCAGCGUCACCUCGGGGGCCCAGAGUGCCAUGUUGUCCCCAUGUCAUCGCCAAAGUCCCAACACGGCGGCCAGCAGCAGCAACUGCAGUAGUCCUCACCUCCCCCAGCAGCCCCCCGCCUCGUUUUCUCCCGCCGCCGGCCUCCACUUGUCACCAUCGUUGUGCAGCAGCACGGGAAACGGUCAGGGUUUUAACUCCCUAAGUGCAAUGCAAGCUCUCAGCCAGAGCCACAGGGUUUCCCAGGGACUUACUGAAGAGGAACAUCCAGAAUCACCGGAGCGAAAACCAACGGAUCUCCAGAACCCCCUUCACAGCACCACCACCGGUGACCAACCAGCCAAGAGCAGUCCCGGCUUAGAGGCCGAUCUGUUUGGUACUUUUGAAGAGCAGGAAGAAUUAUUGUCGUCCCGGAGCCUCGAGGGUGAAGGGAAAGAUGGCGACUCUGACACCUUGGGAGAUGGUGGAAGCCUGAGGCACCUUGGUGACACCCCAAACCACCAUCUCAACACAAAAGGCCACACCAAGCUGCUCCAGCUGCUCACCACUAAGUCAGAACCUUCAGAUCCGUGUUCACCCCUGGGAUCCCUGGGGGACGACCAGAACGGUAAGGACCAGCUGGAAGGGGUCGGGGGCUUGGGACACGCUAACCAGUCCACCUCAUUAAAGGAGAAACACAAGAUUCUCCACAGGCUGCUGCAGAACAGCACCUCGCCCGUUGAGCUGGCUAAGCUAACGGCCGAGGCUACUGGAAAAGACCCCAUCGGCCCCGAGUCCGCCUCCGGGGACAGCAUCGCUGCUCUGGGUGAGCUCUGCACUAAACAGGAGCCAGGGAGCCCCAAAAAGAAGGACAAUGCUUUGCUUCGCUAUCUUCUGGACCGGGACGAUAACGGCAUUCUGGAUAAAGCCAUCAAGAUAGAGCCCUCUGAUGGACUGAAGCUGAACAACAUCAAGACCGAGAAGCAAGACCCUGGCUUCAGUUUGGCCGAGACCAGUGAGCUGGAGGACUUGCUGGAGGACCUGCAAAGCGGUGGCCAGCAGCAGCAGCAGCAGCAGCAGCUGUUUCCCAGUCAGCCAGCAUCCUCUUCAUCCUCCUCCUCCUCUGCGCCACCUGGCUCCUCUGUGGACAAACAGGUCAUAAUCAGUGACAUCCUGCAGAUGAGCGACAGCAGCAACAGCAGCUCCUCCAGCCAGCACAGAGCCUUACCCCCCACUGGCGCCGCGAGCUUUAGCAGCGUCAGGCCGAGCCAGUCGAGCCAAUGCGCUCCUCCGCUCAGGAGCGUGUCUCUGGACGGCACCAUGGGCCCCAGACCAUUGCUUCCCCAGCACAGAAACAACAGCCCAUAUUCAAUACUGCAACAGCAGCAGCAAGGCUUGAUGGGAACCCACGCCGUCAUGACCAACCAUGCUGUGAUGGCCAACACAGGCAUCCGGGGCCCCAUGCAGCAAGGCUGGAUGAUGGGUCAGGGAGGUGGUCGAAUGUUCGCCAACAUGAAUCCUGCGGCCGUCACAAGAGGCAGCGGCGCAGCUGCAUCCAGAGCAAUGGUCAACAUGCAGAUGAUGGCUAACGACAUGGAGAUGGCAACCUCUUCCUACCAUCAGCAACACGUUCCACCCAAUCAGACUGCUCCAUGGCCUGACCGAAUGAUGAUGGAUCAUUAUGGAAACCAAACCAGGUUGUCUUGCAGGCCGCCGUACGGCGUCUCCCAGGAAGAUGGGAUUGGUUGCUGUGGAGUUGGCCAUGAGGGCCAGCCAGAUGAGGGAACCCUCCUCAACCAGCUGUGUUCAGUGCUGAAGGACUAUGAGGGUUUGGAGGAAAUUGACAAGAUGCUGGGAAUCCCCACACUGGCAGGACAGGCUGCUCUAUCAGAACAGGACCAGUACCUGGCCUCCACAGACCCGUCGGUGAGCCUGAAGCCUCCUCUCUACAGCCAACAUUACGGUGGGCAGCCAGGUUACGGCGGCAUGCCCCCUGACGGCGUGUACCACGGCCAGUCCAUGAGCAGCCACAUGGGGCCUCAAAGGAUGGCCCCCUCAGGGUACCACCCCAUGAUGAGAAUGCCCGGGGGUGCCGGGCCCAGGCCUCCCGCCCUGAGACCAGGGGGGCCCAGCCCCAUCGUCCACCCGCAGCCCAACAACCUGAGGCUCCAGUUGCAGCAUCGACUCCAGGCCCAGCUGAACCGCCAGCCGAUGGUGAACCAGAUGGGCGGAGUUUCCAACAUGAAUCUACCUCUACGGUCUAAUCUACCAACCCAGGGAACCCUCAACGCUCAGAUGUUAGCUCAGCGCCAGCGCGAGUACCUCAGCAACCACCUACGGCAGCGGCAGCAGCAGCAGCAGCACGUGCAUCAGCAGCGGGCCAUGAUGAUGCGGAAUACGGGCAUCAACCUGCCACCCAACAUGCCCAGCGGGGGCGCCGCGCCCACGCCCAUGCCCAUGGGCGGCACCAACCCGCGGCUGCCACAGGGGAACCUGCAGCAGUUCCCCUACUCGGCGUCCAGCUACGGUACAGCGCUGCCUUCUCCUCCGCCUCCUCCUCCUCCUCCUCCUCAUCCCGGCGCCUCCAGCCCCUUCUCCUCCCCUCUCUCCCCGAGUCAUCUCCUGGCAAGCCAGGGCAUGAUGGGAAGUGUAGGCGGGCAGUACAGCGGUGUAAUGAGCCCCCCCGCGCAGCACAGUGCCUUCAGAUUCAGCAGCUCAGGGAUGAGCCAGCAGCAGCAGCAGCAGCAGCAGCAGCACCAGGAUCAGGUGUCCUGCUACCCGUGCGGGACGGCCACGCCGCAGAGUCCCCUGCUGUCCCCCAGGAUGGGGCAGGGUCAGAGCCCCAUGCUGCAGCAGAACCAGGUCCAGACGCCGACCCAGCCACAGGCCUCCGGCCAGGGAGGACCCCCCGGAUACCAGGCCGCCGCUGACCCCAACGCAUGGUCUCAACCCGCUAACAUCUCCACCAGCAACAGCGUGUACCCCCAGCAGUCCCAGUCCCAGUACUCCACGCAGCCCAACGGAGGACUGUACAACAGCAGCAGCCACGUGAACCUGGGGGUCGGCAUGAGCGGCGGCGGGGGCAACAUGAACCUGAUGUCGGGACAGAUGAACUCCAUGAACGAACAGGUGAACGACGGCGGCCUGAUCCUGGAGCAGCUCGCAGGAAUGGACAUGUUGGCACAAGACAGCGACGUCAACUCUAACUUUUGCUGACCACGGCCUUGACUAGGAUGAGCUGAGACAGGAAGAUGCAACAACACUCACAGUUUCUCAGCUCGUGGACGAGUUUGAAGGAGCUAAAGGAAACACUGCCGCUGCAUCGGACCGGCCACUACGGACGGAGGACAACCAAGACUUUUAAAACCAUCUCAGAGUGAAUCAGAUGGGCUUGACUAUUGCUUCAUACUGUGUUUUAUGCAAAGACAAGGAAAAAAAACUGAGAUUCUGGACAAAAUAGUCCACUCAACGAUCCUGACAGCAAAGAACUGCCCUCUAAGGUUUGGACUUACGGUACCGACUGGAGAGUUUUGUGGGUAAGGUUUCUGUUUUUCACUGUAACUCAUGCCUUCAUGCUUCAGCGCAUGUCGUAUUUCUCUGUGUAUUGUAGACUCGAGUACGGUGCUCAGUCCAGUGGAGUAUGCUCCAAAAGCAAAGAAAGCAUAUUCUACUUACAUCUGCCUACAAUUGGACUGGUUUUAUAGUUUGAUUUAUCAGGGUUUAUAUCAGCCCUCCCCAGAUGGACAGCUACUGAGCUACAGCAGGGUAAAGAGAGACAGGCGCUUGCAAAGUGGAAAAGCGCAUCUUUAUUUAUUCCAUCACUUUAGGAACACGAUGGAUUUCUAUUAAAAUAAAAUAAAAAACCCAAAUCCUGAUAAGGGGCCGGUUUUUCUUUAGAAAACCAAAAGCUCCACCACUUGUAGGUCACUGCAGUAAAACCUACUCACUAUAACAUAAGUGGUUUGUGAACUAUUUUGAAACGUCAUCUUUCAUUUGAAAUCGUCAGUUUAGCCAAAAGUGGGUUGGUUUUUUUUAGAUCUGGGAACUGGUGGCGAGCGGUACCUGAAACCUGCGUGGGGAGAAAUAUGCAUCUGAGGCUUAAUGUCUAUAUGAUUGUAUUUUUUAUGUUUUCCUCAAUUACCACCCACGCUGAUCAGACGGAGUGAAUAUAUCUAAUAAGUUUGGCAGCAAGUGACCAAGUCCUCCUCCGACCCCCGUCUGCGGCCGACCUCCUGAUCGCUGUACGAAUGUCCUGCAGGUUCCUCUGUGGAAACAUCCGACUCUUGAUUCUAUGAAGUUUUUUAGGCGUUGUAUUUAUGAUGUACUACUUUGUGUGUGUGUGUGUGUGUGUGUGUGUGUGUGUGUGUGUGUGUGUGUGUGUGUGUGUGUGUGUGUGUGUGUGUGUGUGUGUGUGUGUGUGUGUGUGUGUGUGUGUGUGUGUGUGUGUGUGUGUGUGUGUGAGAGAGAGAGAGAGAGUGAGACAAACGUCACACCUUGACACUGUAGCGAUAAAUGAAACCUCUGAAUUUUAUCUCCUAUGGUUCGUGUUUCAGAGCCUGACUGAAGAUGACAAUGAGAAACUUAUGAAAAAAAAUAUUUUACAGUUAUUUAUAGUUUUGAAGAAGUUUUAGAGAUUAUUUGUACGGAGAAAAAAAAAUCAAGACUGUCUUUUAAGAAAAUCUCUCAAAAUGGUACGUGUUGAUGUUGAUUUUAAAAUUAAUAUAUUUGAACUGCUGUAGUGACUGUAUACAGGACUCGUGUCCCUAUUUAAUGACUUUUUGAAUGAAGAUGAUUGUGUAUAGAUAGUGUACAUAGAUUUUUAUUACAUAUGUCCCCCAAGUGAUAUUGUAAAGCAGCACAGUGGAGUUUAGAGUUCAAUAAGCAUUUGUUGGAGAGCAGAAAUCCAUCACUGGUUAAACUUGGAUAAGCAGAGCAGAUGAUCUUUAUUCCAGAAAAAACAAGUAUCUGAUGCAUGGUUGGUGCACACAAAUGACUUUGAGCCUCAGCUGCACUGUGAUGAGGUGACAGACAUUAAUUAACACACUUUGUUAGGGUGAUAUGUUUGAUAAUCGUUAGCAUUUUGGGCCUGUCGGCAUGAUACGUGCUGGCACCCAGAUGGCAUGCAGGUAACAUGUUAACGGUGCUUUUAUCUAGGUUUUAGUCUUGCUUUGCUCACAUUUAGACCAAACUUGCCAUAAAUGUUUAAACCAGUGACUUUAUUUCUGCUCUCAAAAUAGUUUUGCCUAUAAAAUGCUACUGAAAGUCAUUUUGCAAUAUUAGUCUGCAGGAGGCGCUUCUGCGCUGCCACGGAGGGAGAUUCUCCUCAUGUUCUUCUUUUGCUUUCCUACUUGGUCCACAUCCUGGUGCACUAAGAACAAAUCCUAACCUCCUUCCUAUAGAGGAUGUGGAAGUACGACCAGAGCACUACACAUGUUGCAGCCUGGCGCCAACGUUGCUUCCCCAGCUCUGCUUUAGUCCGACUCAAAAGUUGGUCAGAAUGGCUCUAUUUUGUGGAAAGGAGACGAUAGGAAAGAGAGAAAUUCAAGUUUCUAAUAUAAACUGAUAACAGUGAGAACUGAAAACAACUUGGAGGCGAUCAUUAGCCGGACCGGAUUACUGAUUACAAUCAAUCAAUCAGUCAACGAUCUUCUCAGAGUCCUGCACAUUGAGAACUAAUGCUGUUGAUGUGAUUGGAUGCAAUUUCUGUGCAUUUAAAAGUUACAAAUGUAGGAAAAUCCAUUAAUAUUUUGAAACAAAUAUCUUCCUCAGUUCCUCAGGUUUGCAGGGUCCCAGGAUACGUCGUCUCACUGCUAGCAGGAUCUGAUUACGUGAAAAAUGUUUAUAUAUCUUUUGUGCUCGGAAACAAAUAUUUUGCUUUCUGACAUGAUUCAAACAAAUUCAAAAAACUGGAUAAUUCAGUGAGCCGUUCAACAUUUCUAGGAUUUGUGACAUCACAGACCCAGAUCUGAGUAGGAUCCUCCCGUUGUUAUCGCACCUCUGAAGUAGGCGGCGGAAACUGCAACACCGAUUUCCAAAAGGUCACACGAUGCAGAAGGAGACGUGAGGUGGAUUUGAGAUGCUGACGGUAUACUUUAACUGUAUUUGGUGCAUUAAAAAGCCCAAAUACCGAAGAAUUCAAAGCAGCUUGAUGCCAACGUCACAUUCUCUGUAAAAUGGAUUUCAGUUUGUUUUUUUUGGACCAGGUUUUUUUUUUCCUACGUUUCAGUGCCGUUUCGUGCACAUAAGCUUGUAAAUUUGGACAAAACUGACUGUAAAUGGCGACAUUUAGUUCUUUAAAUGAUCUAGAAAUGUGUUUGACUGCUGUAACCAUGGUGAGAAGAAAAAAAAAGGUGAAGCACUGUAAAGGAUCUUUAGGAUUUUGACUCAUUUUUCCCUGCACCCUUCUUCUUCUUCUUUUUCUUCUUUUUUUGACUCCAGUGUGCUAACAUGGUGUAAAAGCCCAGAGAUUAAACUUCUAAGAUAAAACGUAAGCCAUGGGAAUGUCCUGAAUGUCAAACUAUCAGCAGGAACCAAGUGGAGCUGAACACUCGUGUAGAAUGUCUCCUAAUGUUGUACAUGAAGGUGAUAACUGGUUUAUAUUGUUUGAAACUGAUGCAAUAUACAUACUGAAGAUUUUUGUACAUUUUUAUCAACUGCAAAAUAUUGCACUUGGUGUCUAUACCUUAAGAUGCUCAGCACCUAGCAUAAUGCCUUAGCUCUGUGACUUCCUGUGUGGUGUGUAACUGUAACGGAGUACCAUUUGUGUCACACAUAACUGAAUAAUUUACAACUUUACACGGCUAGAAAAAUGUGACGAGCAGGAUUUUUAGAUUUCUAGACAGUUGGCGGUGGAAACUUUAGUUUAUUUCCAGUACAAUAGGCCCAUCUAGGCACUUUGAGCUACAUAAAGUACGAUAAUAUCGAUCACAGACAUCCAAACGCAACUAUGGGUUUGGUGUUGUGUAGUUUGUUGAUAAUUGCUUUGAAUCCAAUCCAAAGUUUCAGUACCAGUGCAGGAUGUUUAGUCAAUUAUUCAAAAUAAAAAUAAAAAUAUUGUUUUGGAGGAUUCAGAAGUGGAUCUGUGUCAGUAAACUGUCCAGAUGCUGGGUUGGGGGAGCAGAUAGGACCAGAACAGGAGCCGGGCUGAAAAACAUACUUCAGCAGCUAAAAAUAUCCGCCGGCUCUGACUGACGGUUAUUUUCUCACCUUUAUCUGACUGUCAGGCAGCACUUUCUGAUACUGUUGCUGCUCUGCAACGAGGCAUCAGAUGCCUCCGACAAAAACAGUAAUCUCACUGGAAACAGUUCAGGACUCUGUGCUCCGAUGUUGAGCUUGUGUUGGAUGACUAGAACGUCAUCCACUAUUAUACAUCUGCAUCUCAUAAAAAUGUGAUCACCCAUUUAAAUGGAAAUGAAAUUCAAAAAGUGACAUACAGUAAAGAUAGAAAUUGGAAAUGUUUAAAUAAAUUGGGAAAUAUUUAGUCAGAUAUCUGAGAGCGUUCGGUCCUCCGCUGUGCAAACAUUUACCUUGAAGUCAACGUUAAGUCUUCGUUAGUCUGAAAAGAUAGGAAAAUUAGCUUGUUUCCAAAUGGAAAUAAUUAUCUUGCUUCGGUUUUUCUUGCUUUGUUUUGUUUAAAAAGUUAAUACAGUAAGAAGUGUUCAAUUGUUCUCGAAGUAGCUUCAAGGUCCUGCAGCUGAUGUUGGUCCACAUAAAAACAAAAACUAGCUGGAAAGUCACACAGUAUUUGCUGACUUCCUCUUUUUAAAUAUUUGAAGUUGCGUUGAGAAUUCCUACAACUUGUUUCCACGUACAAUUAUUUUGACAUUCUGAAACACAUUGGGGUUAAUUUUAACAAUAUCUCGCAGCAGAUUAUAGUUGUUGAAAUAUCACCGUUUGCAGUUUGAAACAACAUCCUGCAGUGAUGUUCACAUUAGACAUCUCAGCAGUGACACAAUCCAGUUUCUUACAUACAAUGAAUUUCGAGUGGAAGUGGUUUAUGAUGCAGAUGCUCAAACACUUUAUGCAACCUGUCAAGUGUAAUGUUCCUUUUGCCAACGCUGCUUGUUAAUUUAUGAUUUAUGCCACUGUAAAUAAAUUAUUUUUAUUGA